AUGAGGGAGAAGAGCAAUCUGGAAAGGGACUAUCACGAAAUGACCGAUCGACUUGCUGCCAAGGAAGCAGACCUCCAGAGGGUGCAAGAGGAAAAUCAAAAACUGUCCACGAGAGUGGAAAGCAGCGGCCAGGAGGGGUGUAGCGAAAGGAUUCGGGAUCUGGCCCACGCGGUUCGAGAAAAAGACCUGGAAGUGGAGGCGUUAAGUCAGAUAUGCCAGACUUUAUGGAGGAUCCUGCAAACACCCAGCCCUGGUCAUGAGGUUCGAGGAGGUCGAAUCGAUCAGUUCCAGCAGCUUCUCCAGGAACGGGACACGUUAUCACAGCGAGUGAAGGUCAUGGAGGAGUGGAAAGAGCAGGUGCGGACCACGGUCCAAACUCUGAAGCGCGAGUCACCCCAGCUUCAGAGAGAUCUGCGACAACUGCAGGCGUGGGCUCGCACCAACAGCGAGAACGUUCUGAAACUGCAGACAGCCUCUCUUGACCAGAUCCAAACUUCCCAAGGACGGGACGUAAACUUACAAGAGCUAGAGAAGGAACUGGCCCAACUUCAGCUCCGCAUCGGGGAGCUCUGCAAUGCCGAGGACCUCCUUUUAGGGAACCUCGAUGUGAUUUUCCUCCAGACCUCCAGCGACUCCCUGAAGGCCGGGAAAUCUGACCCAGUGAGGGAGUCCUCUCAGGUGAUCAGAGAGGAGGUCGAAGAGCUCAGAAAAUCAGGGCAAGGAAAAGAGACCAUGAUUCGAACCCUCCGGGAAGAUCAGCAGAGAUGGAUUGCUUCAGGGGCUGCCACGGGGGAAGGAGAAGGCAAACCACGGGAACACGGCAAUUCCGAUUCCCACACGGAACAGCUGCAGGAGAAACCGGCCGUUCUACAAAACUCCCUUCGGGCUCAGGAGCUCCGAAUCCAAGCGGAAAGUGAGGAGCUGCUUUCUUCACAGGAGCAGCUCAGUGGCCAGCUGAGUGAGAACGAGCUGCUGAGGCAGGCAGUCACCAAUCUGAAGGAGAGGAUAGCAGAUCUCGAAGUGGACGUGUGUCGGCUGAAAGAGGAAAACGCAAAGAUCGUGGAACGAUCUAGAGAAAAGGACAUGGAAAACCAGGCGUUGCAAGAGACAAAUCGGCUGCUUUCAGUGACGCAGAGAGAGGCGGCAUCCCAGCAUGCUGCGAUGAGAGAGAAGGCACUGGCCCUGGAGCAACUGUUGCAAGAGAGAGAAGAGGGCGAGACCGGGGAAUUGAACCGGCUCGUCGACGCCGUUCGGUCAAUGCAGGACAAGGCAGCUGUGUGUCAACGGGAGAGAGAGGACGCCGUGUCGGCACUGACACAGAAAGAAACGGAAACCUGCGCCCUCCAGAAGGAGGUUCACCGGUUACGAGAGAGAGAACGGCGCCUCACCCAGGAGCUGGAGAGAGGGCGGCACCUCGCUGCAGAAGCCCAAGAUUCUCGUCGCCGGCAAGCUUUGGCCUCCGAGGACCAAGUGGCUCAGCUAAGAGAGGAAGUGACGGUCUUGCAGGGAAAACUCGCUUUGUCUUCCGCUGCCAUGGAAAAGGCCGGCCACGGAGCCCGUCUGCAGGCAGAGUCGCUGCGGGCGCAGUUGCACGUGGUCACCCAGCAGAAGGAGGAAGCUGUGCUCCGGCUCGCCGCCUCCCAGGAAGAGGGAAGGCGCUGCCAUCAAACACUAGCGAGCCUGAAGCUGGAACUGGCCGAACGGAUGGAAGAGGCAGACGCCCUAGAAGGAAAACUGAAGUCCUUACGGGGACGUUUGCAUCAAACAAAUGCCGACUUGGAGGUGAAGGAGGACCAACUCCAAGAGCUCAAGAAACAGAAUGAGGUCCAGCAGGAAAUGCUGGAGGACACACAGAAGAAACUGAUGACCUUUGUCAGUCAGUCCGAAGGAACGGUGGACAAAACCCUCCUAAGGAGACUCUUCGUGGGAUCGUUCCAGGCAGCUGAUGCGGAACGGCAGGAAGCCUUGAGGUUGAUGGCAAGCACGCUGGGGAUCCGAGAAGACCAGCUGCGGCAGCUGCGCAGCCGAGAGCCCGCGGGUGUGCCCAGCGGGGUGACUGGGGGGCCUGGACCCAGAAGCGCCCCCAGCACCCCCGCGAAACCAAAUCACCGAGCUGUGGCCAAUCGUUCCUUUUCAGAACUUUUUGUCCAGUUUCUAGAAGUGGAAUCUCAUUCGGCUUUUCCAGCGCCCAAACCCUCUGCUCGUGACGUGAAGCCCCCAGACUCGGGAGGAAGGGGAAAACUGCCUAAGAAACAAGGCCCAUCACGACUGAACGCUCCCCUGGCAUCCACACCCGGAAAAAAGGAGGUCAAGCCCCGCACCACAGCUGUGUCUCUUAUUGACCCACCCGGACCGGAAAUGGAUGGAUCGGAGCACCUUCUUCUAAAUGCUGUCACUGAUGCUUUACCCACGUACACGCCGCGUAUACUAUCGCCUGCCCAGAAGGUUGGAAAGGCGGCGGCCAAAGACCUCUCCAAGAAAUAGACGACUGUGCGCCAGAGUGACACCGCGCUUUGAAGAUCCCAAGUCACUCUGUGUGUCUACCUUAUCUCCUAAUGUUCUUUUUCAAAAUGUCAAAUGUUCACGGUUUUGCUUUCAGCUUAAGAAACCUAUUCUUUUAUGACUUAACAAAAACGGGGAUCCUGACCUGUGACCGGAUCCUAGGACCCCGGGAUCAUGACAUGAGCCAAAGACAGACGCUUAACAGACUGAGCCACCCAGAUGCCACAGCAGGGGUGACGUUCCUAGGACAGUCGACACUGAUGGCCUUGGAAGCUGUGGUCUGUAAUGCUGGAAGGUGUACACAAGGGCCAAACCUCUAUGUAUACCCUAUGCAGAGAACACAUCAACUUGUUUCAGUGUUCCAAAUGGAUCAGACAGACGAGCGCACAAUCCUCGGAUGGGAAACGAGGUGAAUAGCACAAAAGUACACGAUGAAGAUAUGGUUAAAAAAAAAAAAAAAAAAAAAUUGAUCCCAAGGGAAUCGCUGGCUGGUCAAGGGCUAGAAGGAAGAGCUGACGUCCUCCAGCACCAUGGAAUCUGGCAAUGCACUGUGGACAGAAGCCCCCACCACCUCCACCUGCAGGUCCUUAACAAGCGCGUCAAACAAAUAUCCUCACAGUAGGAUCUCCUGAAUGUGAUGUCCCAUCUGUAUUCCUGAAGACAGAUGAAGGCGAUAAGAUCCUGCCCACAAAGUUUGCCUGUGAGAGCAGAGCGGUUUGGGUGCCCCGCGCAUUAACAAGGAUCCCGGGAUCAAGACCUGAACUGAAGUCAGAUGAUUAACCACGUGAGCCACCCCGGUGCCCUUGUCAAUGCUGGAUUUACAACUGGCUCAAAUUCUGAACCCAUGUUGAAUUAGUCGUGCCCCCCCCCACCCCGUAUUCAGUUUUCUCUCCUCCACUCCUCCUUUGCUUGGGUUUGUGUCUUCCUGGAUAUACUUGUGGGCUGGGGGAGUGUCUUUUGCCCUGCUCCUCGUUCUCGGUUUUUUCUUCCAGAGAGUCUCAAAUCCGCAUCAUCAGCCCUGGGGCUUCUGUCGCGGCGAUGGUCGUAUGGUUUCCAGUCUCCUGGCGUAAGUCCAGGUCCCCGAUGAGAGAGAGAGACUCCUGCUCCAGACUUGUGGGACGCCCUGACACCCGACACGUGUGAUUGACAACAGUUUCCUAGUCACAGACCCUCGCGCUUCAGGGGAGGAGGAUACCACACACCGUGCAGGACUGCACAGACAUCGCGCGUGAGAACAGAGAGAACCAGCAGGGCCUCG